CCUCCAGGGGGCCCUUCUCCCAGCCAGGCUUCAACCAUGGCAGGUCCAGAAAGCGCACGGGCAGAGCCCGUGAGGAACCCCCCGAGAACUUCGUCGAUAGACUCCGCUAUUUCUGCCAUUUCCUCGAGGUCUAGUCUCAACAAGGCGUCCGUGGACGGAGCAGCUGGGGCGACCGAUAUCGCAAAUUUAAUAAAGACGGCUGGCAGUGCCGAAGCAGUCAUCCAAUACUUGCUGAAGGAGAAGCAGUCUCAGUCCCAGCAGAAUGCGCAGCUAUGGAGGCUUGUGGACAAGCAGAGGGCUAUGAUUUUGGGCCUGAACAAGGACCUCGAGCGGGCUCUGAAGGACAAGGAGAAAUACAGGAAAAAGCUGAAAGAGGUCCUGGACGCGUCGGGGACACCGGCCGCCCCCUCUGUAUCUGCCCAGAGCGCGUCAGGAGCGACCACGAACGGUGCUGGCGCUCCGAGUGAGCAUGCACUGGAUCAGUUUGACCCCGACGAGCAAGAACGGGCGACCGAAGCUGCCGCGAAACAGGCGGAGGAGAUCAAGGGCAUUCCCAUCAACAUGAACAUCCCGCCCUCCCGUACCGCAACCCGCGAGCCACCACGGAUGCCUCCGCCGCAACCUCCUGUUGGACUCCCAGACCGAUCUUCGAAACCCGACGACGGGGCUUCCAAGUUUCCUCCUCCUCCAGCCCCUCCACCGCGCAAGCCUCCACCGGCACCUCUGCACCUAAAACAUACGAAACCAAGACCCAACGUGGCUCCUGAAGAAGAGCCGGAAACCGACACUGAAUAUGACCACAUUCUCGAGGUGGACGAAGCCAACUCUGACGAUAGAAGAGGGCGCAGGAGGACACGCGAAGAGGAUGAGCGGGAGCGUGAGAUUCUGGCUAAAAAGGAGGCCGAGAUCCGCAGUCUGUCCAAGAAAAGCAAGAAGAGCGGCAGUCGCAAGGCAGCGGAGAAAGCGGAAGCGCCUCCGAGUGAGACACCUGCCAGUCCCAGGCUGGUCCAGACGACCAUGGUCAUGGCCUCACGGGAGCCAGCCUCCCUUGCUGGGGUCCUGAGCGGUGCGCCCGAUACGCGAGCCAUUCCUCCACCGUUGUUAAGUCCGGGUCUUCCCUCGAGCCCCCGGCCAAUGAACCUAAGAUCUCCCGUCAACUCCCCGCCACUUUCUCCCCUGGGCGUCUCGAGCUUCCCAGGGGUACCGCUAUCUCCACGGCCGCCGCGAGCGCCAAUUCCCUUGCCGCCCAACACUCCCCUCCACACACCUUCACCCGCAGGAGACCCCCUGGCGCUGAAGUCGUCGAGGUCGGUGAACAUCAUAAAGCAAGGAGACGGUACGCCAAGUCCAACAAAGUCCAGCAACGACAGCCCGGUAGAGCGGACCAGGAUAUUCAAGGGGUUCGUGACGGACGAGUAUCCCGACUUGCUGCUUCCGCCAAACGCGCUUCCGUCGAUUGAUAUCAAGGUUGCCUCCUCUCGCAUGAAGCCUUCGAGAGCCAGCUUGAUCUCUCUGACGCAGCUGGAAGAAGAUCCGGUCUUCACUCUGGCUGUGUAUUCAAGAGCCGAUGGCGGAGAGCUUUGGCGAAUCGAAAAGGAUUCUGCGUCGCUUGCAAAGCUGGAUCAACGGCUGAAGCAGUGUCCCGCAUUCACUGCGAAGACGCCGGAUCGGUCGCUUUUCAGUGGUCAUGCACCAGCAAAGCUCGACGCCCGGCGCAUUGCCCUCAACCAAUACCUGGAUGAGUUGCUCAAUACACCGCUGGACAACGCCACGGCACUUGAGCUCUGCAAGUAUCUGUCCACCGGCACGUUGCCGCCCAACGCUGAUGAGACCGGUAGCUCGACUGGAGAUUCCAACCACGAAUCACAGAAAGUCGGCCCAGGUGGACGUCCAUUUCGGAACGGCUACCUAACGAAGCGGGGCAAGAAUUUCGGAGGAUGGAAGGCCCGCUACUUUGUCCUCGACGGUCCGCUCCUGAAGUAUUAUGAGACGCCCGGUGGAGCGCAUUUGGGCACCAUCAAGCUGCAAAGGGCCCAGAUUGGGAAGCAGGCUCAGCACCCCAACGAUGGGACGUCAACCCAGGGCGGUGCGGCGGACGAGGGUGAUAACCAGUAUCGCCACGCCUUCUUGAUUCUCGAGCCCAAGAAGAAGGACCCCAACAGCGUGACGAAGCACGUGUUGUGCGCCGAGAGCGACAAGGAGCGCGAUCAAUGGGUUGACGCCCUGCUUCGUUGGAUCGAUUACCGGGAUCCGGAUGACGAGGAACCUGCUAAGAAGGAUAACGCGCAUGACCGGCAUGGCGAGCGUGGCCACGCAAAAAAGAAGGGGCAUGGUCAGUCGAAACAGCAGCAGGCGCCCAGUGCGGACGAGAAUCUGAUUGGCGUGAACUACGAAGCCACCAAGCAAGGCGACGCUCCCCAAGGGCUGCCUGGGAAGGGCAAGCAGUCCGGGCAUCAAGAUCACGAGUCGACACACAGCCAGUCGACGACAUCUUCGUACACCAUCUCCGCGCCGCGCGAUCCCCAGGUCAUCUCUCACUCGGAGUCGUGGGGCAGCAAGCUUGGCAUGGGGCUCACGCCACCCACGCAGGAAGAAAAGAAGGCGAGGAAGCGCAGCUUCUUUGGCUUCGGCCCAAAGACCAGGACGUCGAGCGACGGCCAGGACUCGCUCUUUGGAAGCGAGAGUGGAAACUCGCUGCCUACCAACCUGUACCAAGGUCCCGUUCGACAGGCCUUCGGGGCGACGUUAGCCGAGGCUGUCCGCUACAACGCGCCUACGGACGUGAAGGUGCCACUACCUGCGGUCGUCUACAGGUGCAUCCAGUACCUUGAAGCGAAGAACGCUAUCCUUGAGGAGGGCAUUUUCCGUCUCAGCGGAUCAAACCUGGUGAUCAAGCAACUGCGGGAACGAUUCAACAACGAGGGUGACAUCAACCUGCUCACUGAUGGUCAGUACCACGACAUCCACGCCGUCGCCUCGCUGCUCAAGAUGUACCUUCGUGAGCUGCCGAGUACCAUCUUGACCAACGACUUGCGCACGCAGUUCAUCACUGUCACGGAGAUGACGGACCACAAGGAGAAGAUGACAGCGCUCGCCGAGCUCGUGGAGCGUCUGCCGCAGGCCAAUGCCGCGUUGUUGAAGUACCUGAUUGCCUUCUUGAUCAAGAUCAUCGACCACUCGGAUGUCAACAAAAUGACGGUGCGCAACGUUGGCAUCGUCUUCUCCCCGACGCUCAACAUACCCGCGCCGGUUUUUGCCAUGUUCCUGCAAAACUACGAAGCCAUCUUUGGAAUCGACCCUGGCGAGUACGAGCUUCCCGUGACGGAGCCAGAGUUCCCGCAAGAACGCCGCCCAUCGCUUCCGACGUCAUUCCAGGAACGCCGGCCGUCAGAUGGUAGGCCGUCAGAUGGGCGCCCGUCCACGUCCCACAGCGACUCCCCUCACAGGCAGCGCCUGAUGGAGGCCUUGGAGGCGCAGGGUAACCGAAGCACGCCGACCCCGCCGCCGAUGACGAUGCAGCAGAUGGCACAGAUGAACGCGGCGACGCUCCAUUCUCGGAGCACGCCGACACCGCCGCCGCAGCGGCAGAUGAUGAAUUACGACUCGCCGGGCCACAGCCACAUGAGGCCGGCUUACGAGGGCGGCUAUGAUCCCAAUCAUGUACACCACAUGGCCGGACACAACAACAAGCCCAGCCCCGGCGGGUACGACAGGCCGCUGUACGAAAACGGACUGACGCCGGCGCCGGCAUACGAUCAGCCGUACAGGAACCGGCGCGAAAGCGUCAUGUUCAUGGGCACGCUCAGCCAGCAGCCGUCCAAGAGCCGACUGCGGGAGGAGGCGCACAUACUGAACCCGACGCUCCGCAACGCCGCGGUAUCGGCACCACAAGACACAUCUACAAACCUGCAGCAGCGCUCAAUUGCGUCAUGGCAGUCCCAGCCACAGCAGCUGCCAUCGCCGUCGUCGCGAGUACCCGCAACCACCUCCCAAGCCCAUCAUGACCAGACCUCAUCGAACCUCGCUUCAGCGCCAGCCUUCUCCCCGCAAUCCACCAACUCCUCCUCUACCAUUACUCUGGACGCAUCUGUCCGUCAACAACGAGAGAAACUACCCGCGCUGUACCCUGCUCCGGCCUCGCUAACACCCCCAGACGACAACCGCCGUCCCGACCAAAGCCACGGGCAGCAGCACAGCAACAACAAUCACGACGUUGUCGACGACGCCGACGCCGACGCUGACGGGGCAUCGCCGGGCACGCUAGCACAGGCGGGACCAUCGUCAGACCCGAAAAAGCCCCGCGCCUGUGAGUCGUGCCGCGCGCUCAAGGUCCGCUGCGAUUUUCCGGCGGAUCCGGCGGACCCGGCCGCCGCCGCGGCGCUGCCGUGCCGCCGGUGCGCCAAGACCAAGCGUAAGUGCGUCGUCACGCAGCCGACGCGCAAGCGGCAGCGCAAAACGGACACGCGCGUGGCCGAGCUGGAGAAGAAGAUCGAUGCCUUGACGGCGAGCUUGGUUGCGAGUAGGGGCGCCGCGGCUGCGGCUGCGGCUGCUGUUAUGGGGCCCGGGGCUGGUAGUCCUACUACCCCUGCUGUGGCUGGCACGGGUGGUAGGAGUGGAAGUGGGAGCAGGAACUGGGAGAGGGAGAAUGAGGGCGACGGUGAAGGCGAAGGUGCCAGGUAUAGGGGCCUGCUGACGAUGGCGCAAGCCAGCGAGCUUCUCGCGCGCUACACGAACAAGAUGUGCCCCCAUCUUCCCGCCGUUGUGUUCCCGUCCUGCAUGACGGCCGCCGAGCUCAGGGCGUCGAAACCCGUUUUGUUUUUGGCUGUCAUCACUGCUGCAUCGGGCGAGAUGCCGGCCCUGCAACAGAUCCUUACCAAGGAGCUGAUGCAGGUGCUUGCCGACAGAAUCAUUGUCCGCGGGAAUAAGAGCCUUGAGCUUGUGCAGGCCGUCCAAGUGGCGGUUAUAUGGUACUGGCCACCUGAUCGCUUCGAAGAACUCAAGUUUUACCAACUGGUGCACAUCGCUGCCGUCAUGGCCAUCGAGCUAGGGCUGGGACGGAAGACGCCGGCCUGGGGCGGGUUUAAGAGACAUAUCGGGCAUGCCUGGCGCGACCAUCCUCUCCGCAAGCAUCCGCCGCCGGAUCCGACUUCUGUCGAGGCCCGCCGGGCAUGGUUGACGUGCUACUUCAUGGCAACGAACACUGCCAUCGCGCUGCAUCGUCCAAAUCUGAUCCGCUGGACGCCCUUUGUUACCGAGUCCAUGGAUGUACUAAAGACGUCGCCCGACGCCGCGCCCACGGAUAAGUAUCUGUGCCAUCUCGUGUGGACGCACAAGCUGGCCGAGGAUAUCGCGAUCCAGUUCUCGAUGGACGAUCCGGCGUCGACCCCUAACCUUGCGGAACCUAGGACACAGCAUGUCCUGAAAGGGUUUGAGCGCGAGCUGGAAAGAUACCGCGAGUCAAUUCCGAAUGAGUUGCAGAAGCCAACGCUCCAGAUGAGUCUCAAUGUCAUAAGCCUGUAUAUGCACGAAGUCACCAUCCAGGGCGACCCCUCCGACGAUUGCAGGCUGGGCGUCACCGACUCCCCGUUUGGCUACGAUAUACCGCUGUCGGCACCGCACAUCAGCGCCUUGUCAGCAUGUCUCGAGGCCAUUGACGGCAUCAUUGGAGUGUUCAUAUCCCUCGACGUCCCCACCGUGCGCUGCCUGCCCGGGUUCAAUCUUGUUCGAGUUGCAUAUGCUAUCGUCGUACUGAUCAAGAUUUACUUUGCGGCAUCGUCGCCCAAGAGCGACCUGGGGAACAUUAUCAGCAAGGAUGAGAUGAAAGUCGAACAGUAUCUGGACAACCUCCUCGAUAAGUUCCGCGCCGCAGCCGCCGAAGGAAGAAGUCGGCCAGCCGCCAGGUUUCUUGUUGUUUUAGUCAUGAUACGGAGUUGGUUCCAUAAGCAGAAACGGUACCAGAACGGCGACGCCAAGCAAGGUGCGAACCCCCAAACCACAGAGACCGCCCCGUCUCACCCUCGCCAGUCCGGAGAACGGGGCGGCUCUACUCCGGUCCCGCAACAGAUGCAGCCGCAACAACCAGGUUACCCAGCCACGGCCAACACGCCGUUACAUCUUCUAUCCGAGGUCGCAACAAACAAAUCCGCUGCGCCCAGCCGGAGUGGCACUCGGCCAUCAACCUCCCUUCAAAGCACCGCCACCGAUACAUGGCUCAGCAGGCCGCCACAGCUCAUGUACGACCCCGUCACCAACUCGGCCACACCGUCCACCAGCGCCGCCGCCAACAACAACGCAGCCUCGUCCUUCAUGGCCGGCGGCGUACCCGCAACCCCGCAGCAAUCCCAAGCGCUGGCAAACGUGCUGGCACAGGCGGAGAACGAUAUGAUGGCGUCGAACCUGCCGUUUCCCUGGUGGGACAACGCUUUCCAGGCUGUCUCGGACAUGGACUACACCUCGAGUAUCUUUGGGGACGGGUUCGCGCAGGCCAUGGACCUGACGUUUGGCGGGUUCAUGGAGGGCGGGUUCGGCAGCGCGGACGGCAGUGCGAUGCAGGAGCAGGGGUGGUUCCCGUCUGUCGCGGUCGGGAUGGAUGCGGACCUUGGGGACGGUGCCACGGCCGAGGUGAGUGCUGCGGGCGGGUUUGGAUUUUAGGAUUGUGAGUCUUGGGAAUCGAGGUGAUAGCUUUGUUUGGUUACUAUGAUGAAUUGGCUAAUGUAGUUGGAAAAGGAGUUCUAGGCGGAGGGAGUUGAAGGAGAUCAUGUCAUGUUUGG